AUGGAGACACGGACCCCGCGGGGCCUCCUCCUUCUCUUCCUCUUCCUCCCGCUGCUGCCGCCACGCGGCGCCUCCGCCGGGAGCCUGCACAGCCCAGGCCUGUCCGAGUGCUUCCAGGUGAAUGGCGCCGACUACCGCGGCCACCAGAACCGCACGGGGCCGCGCGAGGCCGGCCGCCCGUGCCUGUUCUGGGACCAGACGCAGCAGCACAGCUACAGCAGCGCCAGCGACCCCCAGGGCCGCUGGGGGCUGGGCCCGCACAACUUCUGCCGGAACCCCGACGGCGACGUGCAGCCGUGGUGCUACGUAGCCGAGACGGAGGAGGGCAUCUACUGGCGCUACUGCGACAUCCCCACGUGCCACAUGCCUGGAUACCUGGGCUGCUUCGUGGAUUCCGGGGCACCCCCCGCCCUCAGCGGCCCCAGUGGCACCUCAACGAAGCUCACGGUCCAGGUGUGCCUUCGCUUCUGCCGCAUGAAGGGCUACCAGCUGGCGGGCGUGGAGGCUGGCUACGCCUGCUUCUGUGGCUCUGAAAGCGACCUGGACCGGGGACGCCCGGCCCCAGCUACCGAUUGUGACCAGAUUUGCUUCGGCCACCCGGGCCAGCUGUGCGGCGGCGACGGCCGUCUGGGCAUCUACGAAGUGUCCGUGGGCUCCUGCCAGGGCAACUGGACCGCUCCUCAGGGCGUCGUCUACUCCCCGGACUUCCCGGACGAGUACGGGCCGGACCGGAACUGCAGCUGGGCGCUGAGCCCGCCGGGCGCCGCGCUGGAGCUCACCUUCCGCCUCUUCGAGCUGGCCGACCCACGCGACCGGCUGGAGCUGCGCGACGCCGCCUCGGGCAGCCUGCUCCGCGCCUUCGACGGCGCCCGCCCGCCGCCGCCCGGGCCGCUGCGCUUGCGCGCCGCCGCGCUGCUGCUCACCUUCCGCAGCGACGCGCGCGGCCACGCGCAGGGCUUCGCGCUCACCUACCGCGGGCUGCAGGACGCCGCUGACGACCCGGUGCCCAAGGGCUCGGCCCAGACCCCCGCAGCGCCCCCCGACUGGGCCAACGUGAGCUGCAGCCCCCGGCCUGGGGCUCCGGAGGCCGCGAUGGGGGCCCGGGUCUUCUCGACGGUGACGGCCAUCUCGGUGCUGCUGCUGCUGCUGCUGUCGCUGCUGCGUCUGCUGCGCCGACGGAGCUGUCUGCUGGCUCCGGGGAAAGGUCCCCCGGCGUUGGGGCCUUCCCGGGGCCCUGGGAGAAGCUGGGCUGUGUGGUACCGCCGGCCUCGAGGGGUGGCCCUGCCCUGCCCUCCCGGGGACCCUCAGGCUGAGGGUCUAGCCGCGAGUUACCGGCCCCUGAGCGCCUCCAGCCAGAGUUCCCUGCGCUCGCUCAUCUCUGCUCUCUGA